CGGCCGGAGAGCUCGUCGUAGUGCUUGCCAAGCAAAACCAAACAAAGCGAAGCGAAGGGACAGCCGCCGCCAGUCGCCGAGUUUCUGCCGGAUUGCUGGGGCGCCGUCGAUAGCGCACUUCCGAAACGUUUCUUCUAUAAUCCGUGUGUCGCACUGACAGCGGACAUCACCGCAAGAUGACGAUCAUCACGCAACCCUUGACGGAAAAGAAGCUGGCGAAGUCGCCACAGGCGAAGCCUCUCGUUCAGCAUGAGUCGGGCAACGAAGGGGACGUGGAGGGCAGCCCCGUCAUAGUGACGAUGCGUGCACGUCGUGUGAGCACAACCACGACACUGUGCGUCUUCUUCACAGCAUUCCUGGUGCUGGCGACGGGCAUUGUUGGUGGCGUAUACCUGUAUCGCCAGUUCACACACUACAAGGUCCGCCACUUCCGCGGAUGGUGUGGUGUGCCAUACGUGUCGGACUCAAAGAUGCCGCCAGUGAUGUCAGGCUCGGAGUUCUUGCGCCAGAGUUCAAAUGGUGCCUACGGUUCAUCGCCAGAAGUUGCGAACUCCAUUGUAGACCCUGUUAGGGACAACAACAUCUUUCAGGAACGAUUUGACUUGGAUCUGGAGUAUCAGCUGUACGAAGAGAUAGAGGUGCCCGACUUCUCGCAUGGCCGACGAGGGCGCUUCAUUCACGACUUUGCGGCUAACAAGACGGGAAUCGUCGACGUAGAGGGACGCCGAUGCUUCGUGAUGCCACUCAACCGCAGCCUUGUCCUGCCCCCACACUCACUGUUCGACCUGAUCGUCAAGAUGCGGGCUGGCUACUAUGACGUGGACACGGAAAUUGUGCGUGAGCGCAUGCGCGUCGUGACGCCCCCCAUCCUGGACUUUCGGGACGUGGGGUACUACAUCACCCGCGAAUGCUCUUCGCUGCCCACUUAUCGCCUCGAACGUAUGACUGUGCCAGUGUUCAAGCGCAGCCUUGGAGAAAAUGACCGUGCCACUUUUGUCGAGUUUGCCGGCAACAAGGUUGGCCAAAUUGAAAUUGUCAACAUCAAGGAAGCGGUCGGAGCCGGAAGCUCCCAAGCCUGAGACAGCAGAGUCGGGAUGGUGCCUGCCAUCAGUUGGACGGACACAAGAGUAUGGGGCGGGUGGACGGACGGCGGGAGUUAGCGCACUCAUGUCUGCAGUGUUGGGUGCUUUUGUCGACCGAGGAAGGCGCCUUUCGUGGCGGCACAUUUUUUGUCUCCUGUUCGUUCUUAGUCCUUCCACUUUGUUCACUUCUUAGUAGUAGUUGAGAGUCGUUCCAUGUGAAAGCGGAAGCCGCUCAUAUGUCGUGAUGUUCCACUUUUUCUUUCCCCCCCUUCUUUCGCCUUUCUUGUCUUUACUACUAGUUUCAUUUUUCUGUACUGCGGAUUUGUCCAACGCUAACUACUUAAUCUGGCAACUGCUUCUUUGCUUUUCUCUUUCGUGUCGUGAUAGUGAGGGGCAUUUCUGCAAUUUCACUAAAUUUUUAACUGGUAAUUACAGUUAAUAUAGGCUAAACCCACCGUACCCAUACUAUUUUGCUUUUAUUCUCGCAACAUUGUGCUUUCGAUAUGCAUUUCAUUCCGUUCCUCCUCCUUUUGCUUGGUUUCAAAGGGGUAUCUAGUCAUUCUUACAAGAAUGGUUUACUAUGGCUGUUGCAAUUGUACGUCUGUAUAUCUCGAGCCUUUCGCGUCGAUUUAUUGUUUCUCUUUUUUCCUCUGUCACUGUUGAGGGACUGUGUGCUGUUUGAGCUGUCUCCAUGGUGUAAGCCUGUUGUCUCAGACUUGUCGGCACAGACACGAAGAGUGUCUACACGACGUAGGUGAACAUGUACAAAAGAUUUGACACAUUCAGCACUGGCAGUGCUGCUACGUCUCCUCCUCGUUUUGUCACAUUUAGUUUUGCGCACUGUAGUGCACAUUGAGCAUGUCAUUUUAAAAAGGGGGCUGAGAGUACACAUGCACAAUCUCGCUCCAGGGCAGUCUGAAGCAACACUGCACACAAUUUAGCACAGGCUUACUGUGCUCCCCACCUCAUUAGAUUAGCCUACCGUCGGGAGCGUGACAACUUAUGCCGUUAGCUGCAAUGUGAAUCUGUCCGAGCACAGGUGCAGUCCGAUGUUGUAAAAGAUUAAGUUCACGCUGUUCCAAGAUGUCUUUCUUGAUGCCAAAUUCAACAUUUUAUGUGGCACACUUAGUAGCAGUACAUGCUUUAUAUUUGGUUUGCGUACACCUAAGAUUGAACGCAUACUGCACUUGCAUUCGUGCGAGCUGCAGCUUAGGUUGUAACACGGAGCACAAGUUUUGCUAAAGCUGUAUUCCAACACUUUUUACAGGCUCCCGUUGGUAAAAUGCACACAGUGGUGUCCGGGCGCACCACACUAUUCCUACUAAAGUUUGGCAACCAUUUCGGGCAUUGCCAGUGCCAUGGUACAUGUUGAGAUGCUUGACGUACACUUGUAGCAUACUAUAUAUAAAAAUAUAUACACAUAUGCCUAUUCUACGUAUAUUUACUCAGGCUUGCUGUGUCUUUUUUUUUAGUUUGUUAAUUUUCUCGAACAGUUAAAAAAAAGCUUUCAGAACAAAAUGUAGUUGCCAAGUUUAGCGUGCUGUGUUGUUGCCUUGCUCAACAAUUGGGCAAGUAGGAAAAAUAGGAGAGUACAAAGGUGGUGGAGAUCCCCCCAAGCGUGUAUACAUUCUCUGGCUUUGGUGCCUUUUGGCUUUUCGUUAUAUGAGUACUCAUGUUCUUGCUUUGGGCACGAGUUUGUAUAGUUGCUUGCGUUUGUCAAUUCAUUCAGCGUUUUGUGUUCAGCCGUGAAGCCGUUGCAUCGGCCUACACGUAUUACGUUUUAGUCAUGGUUCACAAGAGGACUUUAAAACGACAAAGCUGUUAAUCAGUGACCACUUGUUUGCUAAAUGUUCGCUCUCGUGUCCACCAGAAUGACCGACAUGCGUGCAUCUCGUGUAAUAUUUGUUGAGGACAGAGAGAAAUAAAAAAUAUGACAAGCAAGUUGCUGCUGGCUAUCUCGAGAAGCAGUGGAACAGGCAAGUUUAAGACGACGUCUAAGUGCUUGCACAGGCAUAUUUCGUUUUUGUCAAUUUAUUUCUAGCGAUGCCAUAUUUUCAUAUACCUUUUUUUAUAUAUACGCAUCAUAGUCUGGCCAUAUUAUGAUCAGUUGCUGCAUUUUAAAAGCUUUUGUUGCCAUGCCCCUGACACAAAUGCUGCCAUGCAUGUGUAGGGGAAAAAUGAGCAUUGUUAAAAAGAGAAGUGUUGCUAUUACAAAUAUUGCUACUACUUAUACUGCUGGUAUCGCACACGAUACACAUUACCAUGAUAUACACACAGUUCCACCGACUGCAGUGCACGAGUAAAACCUGUGUAUUGUCAUAGUGGUUCCAUUCUUUCACAGUGUCUCCUUUUGAAUUGGUUAAUAAAAGGAGCUCGGAA